UUGCCGGCGGUAUCCUCAGCACCACCUGCAAAUCGGCGUCGUUUGGCGGAUUUGGUUUAAUUACAGCAUCUAAACCGGUCUAAUUAAAAGCCUAGCCUUAACCGAAUAAUACAGUCCCCUUCCGCCACCACCUCUGUCUCCCCCCUGUUACUAGUAGCUGUAUUUAAGAUAUAUAAAAUAUGGUUCGCUCCAAGGCUCCUGCAAAGAAGCAGCAAAAGAAAGGAAUUGAUUUCAAGAAAAUUAAGAGAAAGCUCGGGAGAAAAUUGCCUCCACCGAAGAAUGCAACUAACACUGAGAUUAAAUCCAAAGCUAUUAUACUUCCUGAACAAAGUGUGGGAGCUGAAAAGAGUGGCUUAGCUACAAGUAAGAAAGGUUUGACCUUGAAAGAGCUUCUGCAUCAAACUUCUCAUCACAAUGCCAAAGUUCGCAAGGAUGCAUUACACGGUAUCAAAGACCUUUUAAAGAAUUAUCCGGCAGAGCUGCAGUCACAUAAAUAUACUAUCAUACAGAAACUCAGGGAACGCAUUAAUGAUGAUGAUAUGCUAGUGAGAGAUACUUUUUAUCAACUAUUUGAGAGUGAGAUCUUUCCUGCUUGUAAGGAGGAUAGCCAGGGCCCUAUGGUGUCACUUUUAAUGUCAUACGUAUUUAACGGUAUGACUAAUUCAGCGAUUGAUGUUCGGUUGAUGGCUUUUAAAUUUUUCCACCUUGUUGUGGAGUACUACCCGCCUACCUUUUCCUUGUAUGCUGAAAAGAUUCUCGAAAACUACAAGGAUAUUAUUCAAAAAAACCAUUUUUAUGUCCAAGAUAAAAACAAGCUAAAGGUAGCUCUUUCUGGGUUGGCACAUUGCCUGUCGCUGUUGCCAUGUGAUGAGAGUAACAUCGAAUCACAAAAGCAGGGACCUUUACGGAAUGAACCGAUACUCGCGUAUGAGCAAGAUGGUGCAAAAGUAUCUUCUCAUUUUUCCCAUGUCUCCGGGGGAUUGAAGGAGAUUGUUGGAGUCUUAAUCAAUUGUUUCCAAGAUUUCAUUCCAUUGAUUCAUGCUCCGCGAGGAUUCGAUGCACCAUCAUUUAACUGUAUCAACCAUAUACUUUGCAGCAUACGUUAUGCAAUCAAGUUUUCCAUUCAUAGGCACACUCAGAGACAGAAUACAUGGCUACCCGCAUCUGAAGAAGUUACUCUGAUGAUACUGGAUCAAGACAUAGCGUCAUUGUUAUCGAAAAAGUUACUUGGUUCUUUUCCCCUUAAUCCAGAAAACAAUCUUUCUGGGAAGGUUGAUGAAAGGUACUUUAUCCUCAAUAGUAGAUUGACAGAAAUCUUUUUGGAAGUAAGUGAAUGGAGCCACCUUCCUACUGAUAUUUCCAAUAGAUUUCUGGAAUUUAUUGAGAAUACACUACUAGGCAAGAUCAUCGGGAGCAUUAGGCUUAGUAAACCUAUUCACGAGAAGACAUUACUUGCAUUCUUGCCCUUUGUUCCAAAACUUAUUUUGAGGGUGGACCAUGACUGGAGAGAAAAUCUUCUGCAGGCAUUUACCGCUACCUUCAGCGACUGCAAACCAGAGUCUACACUUAAAUUAGCCUGCGUUUCAAUUGUUAGAGACGUGAUUAUCCCUAAUGGAGAUAUCCGUUAUCCCAAUGCAAGUGUACCAACAGUAAAUAACUACCAGAGUGCUUGGGUCAACAAACUUCCAUCACUGCUUAAUCUGUUAGGUGAUAAGCAUCCCGAAUCUACCAAGGUUGUUUUGCAACUUUUGCUUGACCUUGGGCGAGUUGGGUGUCUGAAUCAUUGCCCCACAUUUGAAGAAGACAUCAGAAACUUCUUCAUCCCUUCUCAGGGAGAAGGUGAUGUACAUGGGGGAUCUUUUGCAAAUCUCCCUAGGGAAACCCAAGAACUGGCUCUCUGUUUUCUUUAUUACUUCACCAUAGACAAUUUCAGCUCCCCUAUGCUGAAAGCAAUAGUUUCAUGCUGUCUGUAUCCACAACUUGAACCAGGUGUGUUGUAUCGAAUAGUGGAAAUUCUUCACACUGCUUACAGAGCUGGAUAUAUCCAUAUUACAGAUCAUUUUAGCUUCCUUAUCACUGUAAUUGCACGUUUCAAAGCUGUCCCAGAGAAAUUGCAGGUAGUGAUGGAGUGUAAUGAGCGGAAGACAUAUUGUGGCACGUUUCAAGCGCUUACAAACCUUGUGUGUUCAUGCUUGUCAGAAAUGGGUGAUGGUUCUCUUGUUCUCCAGAUUCUAGAGAAAGUUUUACUCGAACAAAUAAUUGUGAAGCCUGCGUUGGAAAAUGGCUGUGCCAUACUCAGGAUGAUCUGCGCGUUGGACUCUAAACCUACGAAACUUUCUCAAAGCAGUUUAACAACUCUAAUUGAAUUCUUACCAGGAUACUUGAUCGACAUAGUCAAUUGUAUACCAGAAGAUAAGGAGAACUCUUACCUUUACAUACAAACAUGUCUCUACUAUUUAUUACCUUGCUAUUUCUUGUUCGAGCGAAGCUCCAAACUCACGGAACAGGUUCUGAAAAGAAUGCAAUCGAUGGUUAGUGAAAACACCAAAGCACUGGAAUCGGUCCAAGACAGGGAGAGUGGUCGAAACUCGUUGAAUUUGAUACAGUGUAUAGUCUCUGUGAUCCUGCUGAUGCACAACGAUGUCAAAGUUAGGAAGAUAAUAUUGUUAUCCAAGUCGGAGAUCGAUUUGAUUCUGCAGAACGUUAUCUCUUUGCAGUCCUCACGAAGUACAAGCUUGACUGUUGAAGGAAAACAUAUGAUGAAAAUUGCGGGGGAGCGACUUAAAAUUGCAUCCAAAAGCUUACUCGCCUAACAAGUUCCACAACUGUAUCAUAAAAAUCACUUGCGCUCUCUUCUACGAAGGAUGCUAAAAAGAUACCUGACUUAGCUUUGCUCGUUUGGGAAAGCAGCACCAGUUUUGAUGGCAAUUAUGUAGAACUUUUGGUUUAGAGCUUAAUUAAAGUGAUUAGACUUCCAACCAAAAAUAUGAUGAGUUUUCACAUGGAAAAGCAAACAGUCAACAUACUUAGUACUUACACUAGCUUUGGUACCAAUUGUUGAAGUUUUAAAAAGUUAAUUUAAAUCUAA